GCGUGCCGCUUUUUAAAGCGAUGCCGCGCCUUGAGACACUAGAGAAGGAGUCCUGCACGCGACAUAGUGCGAGCACAGUGUGCAAAAUAAACGUUCUUGACAGCAUUUUAUAUUUUGCUAAGUUUUUAGUCCAAGCCACCUGAUUUAUAGUUUUUUUUAAAUGGAUGUUAUCAGUGUUGAGGAAUGGAGCAAAGGCGCAAAGGAGAUGUGCGAGGUGCAGCACUCGAAAAUGGAGAGGGGGGAGCAGAGCGAGUACCCAUCAAGUCUGGCACUCAUGGACAGCAGUGACCCACGCGCCUGGCUGGCUCCCAUGCAGUCUGGCACCUGCGCGGCACACGCCGACUACCUGCUGCACUCGCCCAGCUCCAGCUUGGAAGGCGGGUUCCCCACAUCCGGCCACAGCCCAAACUUUAGAAAUAGUUCCAAUAGUCCGCUCAAAGUGCGGGACUUGUGUCGGCUAAAGGGAUCGGUGAGCGCCGAGGAGGGCAGACAGAGAGCUCCAUCCAAUCCCGGUAACGUUGUGCAGAAGGUGAGGCGCCAGGCAGCCAAUGCGCGGGAGAGGAGACGGAUGCAUGGCUUGAACCAUGCCUUUGACGAGCUGCGCAGUGUCAUCCCUGCUUUCGACAAUGACAAAAAGCUUUCCAAAUACGAUACCCUGCAGAUGGCCCAGAUCUACAUCAACGCGCUGGCGGACCUGCUACAGGGUCCCGGUGUGGACUCGCCAAAGUGUGACCUGUUGUCCGCCACGGAGAGUCCCCGGGGAUCCUCCGCCUCCACCUGCCAAAGGGGCGCAGGGACUGGGCUACCGGUCCAGGUUAACGGGAUCCCAUUCCCCGUCGAAGACGGCUCGUUCUCUACUUUGAUGGAGCAAGAAAUGCGGUCUUCCUCGGGGACACCCAGUUCCAGCUCCGAGAGCAGAAAGGACUCCCCCCAGUCGAACCGCAGUGACGGAGAGUUCUCCCCGCACUCCCAUUUCAGUGACUCGGAUGAGAUGCAGAUGGAGCUCCUGAGUGAAGAUGAGCUCUCUGAACUCAAGCUUUCCAGCCUUCACAAAUUUUGAAACUUCACCCUGGACUUUCAAAUCGUGUCAAUCAUAUCUGCUGGCAUAUGCCUACAUUUUAUACGAUAAUAGAUUGCUUUCCAAAAUCAUUUUGUUUGGUUUGAGAGUUAUAUUUGAUCAACUGUUAGAUAAAGAUGAUUUUAUGUCAGAUCAUUUGGUUCUGCCAAUUAAAUGUACCGUCUCCUCGGGACCAGGGAAAGACCCCUUUGCCAUGUCGACUGUCGCGCGCAGCAUUGCCACGGGCUUUCCCAAUCCCACUUCAUGGACAAACGUAGUCUUCCAAGAAUUUGCCUGAUAUUAUUUAUGUACAGACCUUUGUAAUUAUAUUUUCCAUAUAGCAUACUGCUGAUGAUUUAAUUGUUUAUUUGUUUGUAAAUGUCCCUGUAUUCAUUUGUUUGCGACUUCUAAAGUUAACAACGCGCACUUUAAAACACGAGUCAGAGGCUUGGAGCAACAUGACUUUGUUAUUGAACAACUGUUUUUUUGUAGUAGUAGUAGGCCUAAUGCCAAUUUAAUAUUUAAUUUAGCAAUUUUUUGUUAUUUUUGUCUUUUUGGCUAUUCACUUUAAAUGCAUUUAUGUGUCUGUGCUUUCAUUGGAUGAUUUAAGUUGAUUUAUUCCUGAUUGUGUUCUAUUGUUUUUCCAAUUGAAUGUGUCAUUUCAAAUGUUUCUAAAACCUAGUGAUUUACCGUUAACUGGUUCAUUUUCUUUUGAUUUUGAGAAUAAAAUAAGCAAACUGA